AUGGACUUGCAGUUGAAGCAAUGGAGAAACCAGCAUGAAUCAGAGCAACAACUACAUUCCCCAAACAUGCCAAAAUUUCUCCCUCAACACCCUCCACCACCUGCCUCUGCGGCACUCCCUCUCUUUCUACCUCAACCCAACACCGUAGUCAGCACCCUGCCACGGUUUUUUGAUUCCUCCUUACCUUCUGCACCUCCCAGAUUUCCCAGGAUGGAGAGUUGUUUCAGCUUUGCACAAUGGCAAGAGCUUGAGUUGCAGGGUCUGAUAUUCAGGUACAUGCUGGCCGGUGCUCCUGUUCCUCCUCAGCUGCUUCAACCAAUCAAGAAAACAGUGUUGGAAUCAGGUUACUAUUGGGGAAGAGAAGCAGUGGAUCCAGAGCCGGGGCGGUGCCGGAGGACCGAUGGGAAGAAGUGGCGGUGCUCGAGGGAGGCGGUGGAGGGUCAGAAGUACUGCGAGCGGCACAUGCAUCGUGGCAGAAACCGUUCAAGAAAGCCUGUGGAACAACCCCGUGCAUCUUCUUCUUCACCCUCUUCCUUCGAAAAUCAUAACCUUCACCUCCAUCAGAGUUCCUCUGGGAGAAAGGGUGACAACAAGAGGUUGUCUGAAAACCUUGAUCAUGUGGAUGGGGAUGACAGAUCUGGUGGCCAUGUCCUUAGGCAUUUCUUUGAUGAUUGGCCAAAGACACAGGAAGAGCCUGACCGUGGUGAAACCAAUGGUAGCCAGAACAACAACGCUGAAACAUGUCUUUCUAUGUCAACACCAGGAAUCACUUCCUCGGAUGUAUCAUUGAAACUGUCCGCUGGUCAUGCUCAGGAUACAUGCCACGUGGCUUCAUUGGGAGGACCACUUGCAGAGGCAUUGAGAUCAUCCACGUCCUCGUCUUCACCAACCAGUGUUCUGCUACAGUUGCCAACUAGUUCUGCUUGUGAGACCAGCUUUAUUAGCAUUUAA